GGCUUCACGUUUUUUUUUUCCCACUCACAGAGAGCAACAUGUCGACAGAUGAGAGGAUGGCCGAGGGGCCGUCCCAUAGCAGCCCCACACGCUCCACACCUGAAGAGCCCUCCCCAUCACUGAAGGGGAAAGACAGGGAUGAAGACAAACCAGCGACAUCCAGCUCUGCCUCCGUCAAAGCCUUCAAAAGUCAUUGCGUGAAAACCCUCCCUGCCUCUUCCUCACCCUCCUCUGCCUCAGGCAGGGCUAAGAUGAGUGUCUGUGGGCCAGGCAGCAAGGUGCAGCCGUCCACGCCUUCCUCCGUUCCUUCCGCUUCUUCUGGCCCUCCGCCCAAAGUCCAUCGUGCCCGUAAGACUAUGAACAGACCCCCUCUCGCACAGGUGCGCUCCUUUGAGGCAGCCGCAGUGACUCCAGACAAACCAGUGACAAGUGGCAGUUCUGACACUGAGACAGCAGUGAAGCGGCGUAAGGUGGCCACAGACCUGAAUUCUGCUGCGCCCCCUGCAGGCAGUCCAGCAAAAGUGUCAGAGGCACAACCAGAGCCACCUGUGGUGGAGAAGGUGGAGCCUGUAGCCACGGUGACGAAGGAGCACCAGGGUUGUUGGCUGGAGGAUCUAGAUGAUGAAGCCGAUGAGGAAGACUUUCACCUGAUGUACAACAGUUAUGCAGGAGAUGACGUGGUGUACUCCGACAGCAAGUCGGACGAUGGAAUGAUGUCUGGCCCGCUGGACGUCCGCAUGGGAGAGGAGGCGGGACAUCACUCUGAUCACGGUUCCCCUUCUGAGCAACCAAGAGGAAGCCCGAAGAAUAAAGGAGAGGGAGAAUCUCCAUGGAAACAGCCAGAAAAAGGCAGGGAAAAACCCACCCCACCAGCUGCAGAGGCAGAGAGAGAUGUAGCAGUUACUCCUCCAGCCGGGGGCUCCACUGACUAUACUGAAGUUCCCCUGGGCUCACUGGACAUCUCCACGGCAGACAGCCUUACACUCUCCCCUCACCCAGAUGGCAGUGAUAGGGAGAUGGAACGGUUGGAGGAGCUGCCGUUGUGUAGUUGCAGAAUGGAGGCACCCCGCGUGGACAGACUUACGGCACACGCCAACCGCACCUGCAUGGCCAUCGAGAGCAUUAAUGGACAGCUGGUGGGCUGUACCAAUGCGAUUGUGAAGGGGGAGACCAUGCGUCCGUCCAGCCGCGUGUCCCUGAUGGUGCUGUGCGAGACUCAUCGCUCCCACAUGGUGAAGCACCACUGCUGUCCAGGCUGUGGCUACUUCUGUCUGUCUGGAACAUUUCUGGAAUGUUGUCCGGACGUUCGCAUUGCGCACCGCUUCCACCGCGGCUGCGUGUCCGUCUUGGGAGGUGGGCGGGGCCGUGGUGGGAUGGGUGUCGGCCUCCUCUUCUGCCCACACUGUGGGGAAGACGCGUCGGAGGCGCAGGAGGUCACCAUCCCCCCAUCGACACCGUCGUCUGGGGCGGCCGUCAUCACGGCGACGGCCUCCUCCACCACCACCACGCCCUCGCUCCUCCCCUCCACGCUCACUGCGGCGACCACAGCGCUUAGCAACGAGAAGAGGACUGGUGAGCCAAUCAGUGCCAGGAUGCGCUGGCGUGGUGAGGUCAGGAAAGGUGCACAGCUUCAGCUGCAGACUGCCAACGCUGCCUCAGGAGGGAGCGGAGUCGAAGACGUGGUUGCUGUGGGCGAUGGGGGCGUGGACAGUGUGGGCCCCUCUCUGGUCCUGCCCAAUGGGAAGCCGGUCUGCCCCAGUGCACUACCUCCUGGAGACAGAAGGGCGGCGCUGCAGAGAGCAAUUCUUACCCAGGAUACGGAGAGGAGGAAGAAGCUGAGGUUCCACCCCCGCCAGCUCUACCCAGCAGCCAAACAAGGGGAGGUGCAGAAGGUUCUGCUCAUGCUCAUAGAGGGGAUCGACCCAGCGUAUCAGGCAGACUCUCAGAAUCGGCGCUGUGCUCUUCAUGCUGCUGCCCAGCGUGGUCUGGUGGAAAUCUGUUACCUGCUACUGCAGGCAGGUGCGAAAGUGGAUGCCCAGGAUAAGAGCCAGAGGACCCCUCUGUUAGAGGCCAUAAUUAACAACCAGGUGGAGGUGGCAAGAUAUCUCAUUCAAAGUGGAGCCUGUGUUUACCAUGUAGAGGAGGAUGGUUCCACAGGUCUUCAUCAUGCCGCUAAACUGGGGAAUCUGGAGAUUGUCACUCUGUUGCUGAACACAGGCCAGGUGGACAUCAAUGCCCAGGACAGUGGUGGCUGGACUCCAAUCAUUUGGGCUGCUGAACACAGACACAAAGAAGUGAUCAGAGCUCUGCUAAACCGGGGAGCCGACGUCACUCUCAAAGACAAGGAGAUGAAUGUGUGUCUUCACUGGGCCUCGUUUGCAGGAAGUGCUGAAAUCGCUGAGCUCAUCCUGAACGCUGGCUGCCCCCUCAUAUCAGUCAACAUGCACGGAGACACGCCCCUGCACAUUGCCGCCCGGGAGGGCUACCUCGCAUGUGUCACGUUGUUCCUUUCGAGGGGUGCAGACAUUGACAUCAUGAACAAAGAAGGGGACACGCCUCUUUCUCUGGCACGUGCUGAUUCGCCAGUGUGGGUGUCCCUCCAAAUCAACAGGAAGCUGCGCAGAGGGGUAGCCAAUCGGAUCGUCCGAACAGAGCGGAUCAUAUGCAGUGAUGUAGCUCAGGGCUAUGAGAAUGUUCCUAUCCCAUGUGUGAAUGGUGUGGAUGAUGAAGGCUGUCCAUCAGACUACAAAUACAUCGCCGAGAACUGUGAGACCUCCGCCAUGAACAUAGACCGCAACAUCACACACCUGCAGCACUGUAACUGCACUGACGACUGCUCAUCCAGUAACUGCCUGUGUGGACAACUCAGUAUCCGCUGCUGGUAUGACAAGGACCAGCGUCUCCUGCAGGAGUUUAAUAAGAUCGAGCCUCCUCUGAUAUUCGAGUGUAACCUGGCCUGUUCCUGCCACAAGACCUGCAAGAACAGAGUGGUGCAGGCGGGAAUCAAGGUGCGUUUGCAGCUCUACCGCACUGAGAAGAUGGGAUGGGGUGUGAGAGCUCUGCAGGACAUCCCACAAGGCAGCUUCAUCUGCGAGUAUGUGGGAGAGCUUAUCUCUGAUGCAGAGGCUGACGUGAGAGAAGACGACUCCUAUCUCUUUGAUCUGGACAAUAAGGAUGGGGAGGUGUACUGCAUUGACGCCCGUUACUAUGGUAACAUCAGUCGUUUUAUUAACCACCUGUGUGACCCGAACAUCAUCCCAGUGAGAGUGUUCAUGCUGCACCAGGACCUGCGAUUCCCACGUAUAGCCUUCUUCAGCUCACGGGACAUCCUCACAGGACAAGAGCUUGGGUUUGACUACGGAGACCGUUUCUGGGACAUUAAGAGCAAGUACUUCACGUGCCAGUGUGGUUCAGAGAAAUGCAAACACUCAGCAGAAGCCAUCGCCCUGGAGCAGAGCAGGCUGGCCCGUCUGGAAGCCUGCCCAGAGACAGGGCCCGAUCCUGGCCUGGCUGUGCUAGGAAACUCCUAGGCCUUUUCUGGAAGCCUUUGGGGUAGAACUGCUCUAGUACCCAGUGCACCCAGAGGUACUUGGGAGGAUAUGAUAGCAGACAGGUUGCCUUUACCAGUUUACAUACACAAUCAAAAUCUAGGGGUUGCAUUUGUCAACUUUCUGGUACUCUUAAAAAUGAACUGGCCAGUUUUAUUUGAUGCUAUACUUUGUAAAUCAAUAAUACACUUUCAAAAACAAAAACCCCACACAUUUUGAUUUUAUUGUCCUGGAUGAAGUAUGAAGUUUACCCAGGAAUCUCUGAUCUGUGAGAAACCUGUAAUGAGGAAAGAAAGUGAAGAUGAACCCAGCCAAAGCUUUCAGCGGUGUGUGUGAGCUAUCACAGAAACGGCAACACCAGAAGCCAUUGCUGGAGUGCAAGAAUAGAUGGCUGUUUGGUACCGCUUUAGUGGUGCCUUGUGGAAGUGCCGGAACACGUCCAACGUCCAGACUGUCCCUCUCAGACGGCACUGUGUCCUUAUUUCAUCUUUGGCUUGUAUGAAUUCCAGUAUAUUUUCCCGGUCACUGUUAUUUCUGUGAAUAAAUGUGAUUUGAUAGAA